GAAAAGAAUAUUUGGGGUCCAUUUGUAAAGAAAGAAAAGGAAGCAAGGACAGAAUGCCUAAAGUUGGAGCCAAUUAAACUAGUAAACUUUAUUAUCUUCAGAAUACAAGUUAAGGAAUGAGAGGCAAGGAAGAAAGGACAUUCAUCUUGGAAACAUUCAGAGCACUUUGAAAUUUUCAAUGAAUGUAACGUUAGCUGCUAUUACCCACUUUUGUCACCAGAAUGGAUGAAGUGCUUCAGAUGUAAACGUGAAGUUCCCUUGCUGGGCAGUGCUUCUGCUGCUGCUGAGUGGACCAUUGUUUGGAUAUUGCCACAAGAUGUCUAAUGCAGCCUCCAGAUUCCAGGAUGGCUGACCUCUACCAAGGUACACACACACAUCAGUUUCAGGUUGAUCAUUCAUAGAAGAGCUGCUAUAACAACAUACAGAAGGUGAAAACUUAACAGAUAAAAGUUUUGCCAUGCACUGAAAGAAAAGCAUUGUCUGUGAAGUUCUAUUUUUAAAAAUGUCUGCUUGUAACACCUUUACUGAACACGUUUGGAAACCUGGUGAAUGCAAGAAUUGCUUUAAGCCAAAAAGCUUACACCAGCUCCCCCCAGACUCUGAGAAGGCACCCAUCACCCACGGCAAUGUGAAAACAAAUGCCAAUCACAGUAACAACCACCGCAUCAGGAAUACCGGAAAUUUCAGGCCUCCUGUGGCUAAAAAACCUACUAUAGCUGUGAAGCCCACUAUGAUGGUGGCAGAUGGGCAAAGUGUAUGUGGUGAGCUUAACAUUCAAGAACACUGUGAGAACAAACCUGUCAUCAUGGGAUGGAACCGAAACAGAACUGCCUUGAGUCAGAAACCACUUAACAAUAAUAAUGAAAAUGAUACUGAAGGAUUUAGCCAUGUUCCUAAGCCUUAUGACAAUAAUGAUAGUGCAAAGAAGGUAUCAAAUAACAAUAACGGACUAACUGAAGUGUUAAAGGAGAUAGCGGGCCUGGAUACCACUCCUCAGAUAAGAGGAAAUGAAACAAACUCCAGAGAGACCUUCUUAGGAAGAAUAAAUGAUUGCUACAAACGCUCACUGGAAAGAAAGCUCCCACCAAGCUGUAUGAUGGGUGGGGGAAAGGACUCUCAGGGCAAGCAUGUCAUUCUGAGUGGGAGCACAGAAGUCAUCAGCAAUGAAGGAGGCCGCUUCUGCUACCCAGAGUUCUCUAGUGGUGAGGAGAGUGAGGAAGAUAUUCUUUUCAGCAACAUGGAUGGGGAGCAUGAGAGCUGGGAUGAGAGUGAUGAGGAGCUGCUGGCCAUGGAGAUCCGCAUGAGAGGGCAGCCUCGCUUUGCUAACUUCAGGGCAAACACUUUGUCUCCUGUGCGAUUCUUUGUGGACCAAAAAUGGAAUACCAUUCCCCUACGAAAUAAGUCACUGCAGAGAAUUUGUGCUGUAGACUAUGAUGACAGCUAUGAUGAAAUUCUGAAUGGAUACGAUGAAAAUUCAGCAGUCUCCUGUGGACACGGAAGCAUUCAGAGCAUGGUGUCCUCUGACUCCACAUCACCUGAUUCUUCUUUAACAGAAGAAUCUCGUUCUGAGACAACCAGUACUUUAUCCCAGAAGAUUUGUAAUAAGGGGCUGUCUCUUGGUAACCCUGGAGAGUCUAAGGACAUGAAGGAAAAUUGUGAAAGUCUUGCUGGUAAUAAUCAGGAGAGGGAACCAUCACAAGCUUCCAAAAGCUCUGUAAAAGUUCCAGAGACACACAAAGCAGUCCUUGCUCUUCGAUUAGAAGAGAAGGAUGGCAAGAUUGCUGUACAAACUGAGAAGCAAGAAAGCAAAGCCUCUACAGAUAUUGCUGGGCAAGCAGUAACCAUAAACCUUGUCCCUGUAGAAGAGCAAGCGAAGCCCUACCGAGUUGUAAAUCUGGAACAGCCACUGUGCAAGCCAUAUACUGUUGUAGAUGUGUCAGCAGCCAUGGCCAGUGAGCACCUUGACAGUGCUGUCAGCAGCCCUAAGACCAAAAUCUCAUCUUCCACUCCAAACUCACCAAUGACAUCACCUGCAUUGACACCAGGACAAAUAGGCACUCAUUUCCAAAAAUCCAGUGCAAUCCGAUACCAGGAGGUAUGGACUUCCAGCACUAGUCCACGACAAAAGAUUCCUAAAGUGGAAUUAAUUACUGGUGGAAGUGGACCAAAUGUCCCUCCAAGGAAAAACUGUCACAAAUCAGCACCUACUUCACCCACAGCUACAAAUACGUCCUCCAAAACCAUCCCUGUUAAGUCACCUAAUUUGUCUGAAAUAAAAUUUAACAGCUAUAAUAAUGCUGGUAUGCCACCCUUUCCAAUUAUCAUUCAUGAUGAGCCAACUUAUGCUCGGAGUUCCAAAAAUGCUAUUAAAGUUCCCAUUGUUAUUAAUCCAAAUGCCUAUGACAAUCUAGCCAUCUACAAAAGUUUUCUGGGAACAAGUGGAGAACUCUCAGUGAAGGAAAAAACCACAAGUGUAAUAAGCCAUACUUACGAAGAAAUAGAGACUGAAAGCCAAGUGUCUGAUAACACCACUAGCAAACCUACUGAAAGUCCCCAGGGUAAAGUGUUUUCAAACAGCAUGGAGCAUAAAAGGGGCUCAGUGGCUCAGAAGGUUCAGGAGUUUAACAGCUGUCUCAACAGAGGUCAGGCGUCCCCACAGAGAAACUAUAAUUCUACCCACAGCUCCCCAGCCAAAAUCCAGAGAACCAUUCAAGAGCCUGUAUCCAAAACAGAAGGCACACAGGAGUCUCAAGUGCCAGGCAGCACUGGUGGCACCAGGGAAAAGGCAAGCACUGUGCUCUCGCAGAUUGUAGCUUCUAUCCAGCCCCCCCAGUCUCCUCCAGAAACACCUCAGUCUGGCCCUAAGGCUUGCAGCGUGGAAGAGCUUUAUGCCAUUCCUCCUGAUGCAGAUACCAUGAAGAGCAUACCUAAGAGCACAGCAGUCCGGCCCAAGUCUCUCUUUACAUCUCAGCCUGGAGGUGAAGCUGAAGCACCUCAGACCACAGAAAGUCCCAGCACCAAAGUGCAGAAGGACUUAUUUGCAAAGCCUGUUACCUCUCCUCCCUCCAAAUUAGUGACCAGUCCUCAGAGUGAGCCACCACCUCCCUUUCCCCCACCACGGUCCACUUCCUCCCCUUACCAUGCAAGUAACAUUCUGCAGAGGCAUUUCACCAACUGGACCAAGCCAACUAGCCCCACCAGAUCCACAGAAGCUGAAUCUGUUUUGCACUCUGAAGGCAGCAGGAGGGCAGCUGAGGCAAAACCUAAACGCUGGAUAUCAUUUAAAAGCUUCUUCCGCCGUCGGAAAACAGACGAGGAGGAUGACAAAGAGAAAGAGCGAGAGAAAGGGAAACUAGUGGGCCUGGAUGGCACAGUCAUCCACAUGUUGCCUCCUCCUCCAGUUCAGCGCCAUCAUUGGUUUACAGAGGCAAAAGGAGAGUCUAACGAGAAGCCAUCCAUUAUCUUCAUGUACCAGUGUGACCCUGCCCAAAGCCAGCUCAGCAUGGAGCAGAACAAGGUCAGGGCUGAGCAGACAGCAGGCAUGGAGAAAGAUAGAACAGAGGAUGUGUCACUGCAGGACUCAGAGAAGAGAAGUAGUCAUCAUUCCCCAUUACAAAUUCCUGAAAAAGUUCCCAGCCAUGCAGCCCAUGAAUUGGCAGAGGAAUUUUCUCCUCGGGAUCCACGACCUCUUACAAAGCAAGAUAGUGGGGGCUACACUUCUGUCUCACCAAUAUUGCUGCCACCUGAUUUGGAAAAAGAGGAGGAAAAAGAAGACACUUCAGAGCCCAUCGACCUGAACCCCUGUAGUGCAACAUACAGCAAUUUAGGGCAAUCUAGAGCGGCUAUGAUACCUCCCAAGCAUCCACGGCAGCCCAAGGGAGCUUUGGACAAUGCCAUUGCCUUUGGAGGGAAAACAGACCAAGAUGCACCAAACUCUUCCCAAUUCACACCACCCCCACUGCCAAAGAAAAUGAUUAUAAGAGCCAAUACAGAGCCAAUCUCCAAAGACCUCCAGAAAUCCUUGGAAAGUAGCCUUUGUGUCAUGGCUAAUCCUACCUAUGAUAUCGAUCCUAACUGGGAUGCCAGCAGUGCUGGCUCUUCCAUUAGCUUUGAACUCAAAGGACUGGACAUUGAGUCCUAUGACUCCUUGGAGAGACCUCUGCACAAGGAGAGACCCAUCCCUUCUACUGCAAAUAGCAUCUCCAGUUUAACCACUCUCAGUAUUAAAGAUAGGUUUUCUAACAGCAUGGAGUCCCUGACCAGCCGGCGUGGUCCAUCUUGUAGACAGGGCCGAAGCAUCCAGAAGCCACAGAGACAAGCACUUUAUCGAGGACUUGAAAAUCGGGAGGAAGUGGUGGGUAAAAUCCGAAGCCUUCAUACAGAUGCCUUGAAGAAACUGGCUGUUAAAUGUGAAGACCUCUUCAUGGCUGGACAGAAAGACCAGCUCCGUUUUGGGGUCGACAGCUGGUCAGACUUUAGGCUAACCAGUGACAAACCAUGUUGUGAAGCAGGUGAUGCUGUUUACUACACUGCCUCGUAUGCGAAAGAUCCACUUAAUAACUAUGCAGUCAAGAUCUGUAAGAGCAAAGCUAAAGAAUCACAGCAGUAUUACCACAGCUUAGCUGUUCGGCAGAGCCUGGCUAUCCACUUCAACAUCCAGCAGGACUGUGGUCAUUUCCUUGCUGAAGUUCCUAACCGUCUGCUUCCCUGGGAGGAUCCUGAUGUCCCUGAAAAGACAGAGGAUGAAAUAGAAGAGAGGGAAGAAGAGCUGAAAGGAGAAACUGGCAAGGGAAACUCAGAGCCAUGCUGUGAAACUGAGUCAUCCCACGAGAGCCAGGGAGUCACAAGCAAGAAGCAGAGAAGCCAUGUUGUAGUCAUCACUAGAGAGGUUCCCCAUCUCACGGUAGCCGAUUUUGUGCGAGACUCUCUGACCCAUCACAGCAAAAGCCCUGAUGUGUAUGAGAGGCAGGUGUGUCUGCUGCUCUUACAGCUGUGCUCUGGCCUUGAACACCUCAAGCCCUACCACGUCACACACUGCGAUCUACGCCUAGAGAAUCUGCUGCUUGUCCACCACCAGCCUGGGGGAACCACCCAGGGCCUGGGGCCUGCAGAGCCCAGCCCCAUCUCCUCCUGUCCCACAAGGCUUAUCGUGAGCAACUUCUCUCAGGCCAAGCAGAAGAGCCAUCUGGUGGACCCGGAGAUCCUGCGGGACCAGUCCCGCCUUGCCCCGGAGAUCAUAACGGCCACUCAGUAUAAGAAGUGUGAUGAGUUCCAGACAGGCAUCCUCAUCUAUGAGAUGCUGCACCUACCCAACCCCUUCGAUGAGAACCCUGAGCUGAAGGAGAGGGAGUACACGCGCGCAGACCUGCCUCGCAUUCCUCUCCGUUCCCCCUACUCUAGGGGCCUGCAGCAGCUGGCCAGCUGCCUCCUGAACCCCAACCCUUCCGAGCGCAUCCUUAUAUCUGAUGCCAGAGGCAUUCUGCAGUGUCUGCUCUGGGGCCCCCGUGAAGACCUCUUCCAGACCUUCGCUGCCUCCCCGAGCCUGACACAGAGGAAUGCCCUAUUGCAGAACUGGCUGGACAUCAAGAGGACCCUGCUGAUGAUCAGGUUUGCCGAGAAGUCCCUGGAUAGAGAGGGUGGCAUCAACCUCGAGGACUGGCUUUGUGCUCAGUACCUGGCUUUUGCUACCACAGACUCCCUCAGCUGUAUUGUGAAGAUCCUGCAACCCCGUUAAUGUGGCCCAGAUGCUGCUUUUAUUACAUCUGCUCCUCUUCAUGUUACCCCACGCGUCCCUGUGCUGGUCCUCACCCAGAACUCAGAGGAUGAAGAGAGCCCUUCCAUCCCUGUCCAUGAACAAAUGGGUCCAUUCAGGAAGUUACUCACUGCUCCAGAUCAAGUGAGAAGCUGUUUUAACUUUACAGAAAUGCAGCUGUACAAACACAUGGUUACUUCCUUGGAGCACCUUCCAUCCUCAUAGUCCCUUCCACGUGGUGAAAACUGCCUGUACAUCUCCUUGAAGGAUCUGCUCCUGUGGUCUGUACUCAGUGAGCUGCGUUCAGUUCUGGCGUAAUUCUGAUGAGCACCUGACUUUUAGCAGCAAGUAUUUAUUCUCACGAUAAUAGCCAGGCACAGCCAGCCUCUGCCAGGAUCCAGUCACCUUUCGAAGCAGCCACCUCCUCUCCUUAAGGUGUUGGUAAUGAAGUCUUUAUCAGGCAGACCUGUCAUACUUAGCAUUGGCUCAAUUUUGUUUGCCAGGACUGUGUCCUUUGUUCCAACGGGCAGUAGAAAGAAAAAGAUUCCUGGUCCUUUUCAUUUUUAUUACCAAUAAGUGUGUGCACUGCAUGGAGGAUGGCCUUAAUAGCCUCCCCUAUGCUGCCUCUGCCUGGCUCUUCUUCACCUCUACUCUGUCCCCACUUGUGGCCCAUUAUAGAGCUGACCCUUAGUAAUGUUGCCAGUGCCUCAGCAGGGUGCAGUGAGUUGAGAGCUUAUGAAUGCUGACAGGGGAUGAGGAGAUGAUUUUCUUGCAUGUGCAAUUCACAAGGGGCCACCAGGGAACAGAGCUUAAAACACCAUUCUUUGAUUUCUGUCAGCAUUGGCCACCGGGGUCAGCAGGGCCUGGAUCCAAGUUCUCCCUUGAGCAGUGAUUGGCUACCUUCCUAUUGGUAGCCAGGGUUAACUGGUUGACCAAAUGCUGUAACACAGCCCAGAGUGAAGUGGCCAUCUGUUUUAUCUCUGAGGUCUCCUUAGAUGGCAGUGUGAGAGGCUGACUACUGCAAUGGCCAGAAGGCAAAGGAAGGGAAGAUGGCCACUGAUGAGACAGCUGGCCUCUUCCAGAGAGUCUGCACCACAGCCUGAGUGGCACCUUCCUCCCAGGACUCUCAAAUGGCUCCGGAGGACAGCUCGAAGAAAGGCAGAUGGCUGAGGGCUGGCUGAGGGCUGUUCACCAUGGAGCCAUGCUCCUGUGCCAUGGAUGUAUGUGCAAUUUCUGUAUGUAUGUUUUAGCUGUAUAUUACAGUGGUUAUGUUGCAACGUCACCUGAAGCAAGAUCUGCAGAAACCCUCCCUCCCUCUUCCCUCUGCACCUAUUUGCACCAAGCCAAGUAUUCCUUCCCUUGUGUGUGCACGUACCCACUUGUUUAUUCAAAACUGUGAGUAUCUGUUUACUUCAGCUUGGAGUCCCACAAGUUGCUCGCACAGUGUAUGUGUGCACACAUGCUGGGGCAGAGGCCGGGCCUCGGGAGCAGCCUGUGGCAGCGCUGACAGACCUGUGCUCUGUACAGUCAGUGAGGGAGCCUGGGGCCCUCAGCUGCCUGUAGAGUUUCCUAAAGCUGAGAUGGACUGUGCAGUAUUACUUAAAUGGCACAUUAGUGGCCUUGGAAAUUUCUAAACUUUUAAUAUUUUUAACAGCCUUUCAUGUGAUUCACCUGUAUCAAAGAGGAUCAAGAAAGCAGAAGAAUGUAUUUUAUUGUGCUUUGCUUUUUUUUUUUCUUUUAAGAGAAUGACAUCUGUGAGGCUCAACCUGAAAGAGGCCCUUGUACUCCAGGACUUCGGGAAGGCGGGCUGGUUGGCCCCAAAUUCUUGCCUUCUCUGUGCAGAGGGUAAGCUUGGCCUCUGGCCUAUGGCUUGGCUGCCUCGCCAACAGGUGGCAUUUGGUUCAGUACACAGAGCCACGUGCACAUAACUCCUUGCCUGAUUAUGCACUGAGCUGGCCGUACACUUAACCACUGCCCACAUCAGCACCCUCCAUGGUUCGCAAAUUGAGACCUACCUUCUCAAUGUCAUUUUCGCGGUGCCUUGCCAUGUAGAUUUGAAUGUUGACUAUUUAAUGAAGUUACAUAUUUAAUGCAGAAUGUUCCUUGGUCCCUCUGUUUGUUCUGUCCCUAGGUAUCUGUGUUUUUUCCAUUUUUCCCACUAUGACUUGGAUCCAGUCUUUACAGUAGAAUAAGAUGGGCACCUCCACUACCGUUGUCUGACAGCACUGGGAAACUGAGCACCUCUUCAUACCACGUGUCUAUUACUGUUUCAUGUCCACAUUUGUGAAGGGCCAAGGAUGCGUGCCAAGAAGUCUAGAAGGGACUCCAGUGACGGCCAAGGAACGUGACGGUAGGAGAGGAGAGUGGGACAGAUUAGAGCAGGAGAGAGAAAAACUGUUUGUAGGCAAGACGCACAUCAGAUGGUCCUCAGAAUAUUCUUCCAAAAUAAUGAAACUGUCUAACAUUAUGAAUAUUUUAUACUUCCAUUUUAAUUUUGAUAGAAACUUGGAAUUCAUUUAUCAACUGGAAAUUCUACCCUAUGUAGACACGGUUACACAUUUUAUAUACAUAUAUAUAUGUAUAUGAGUUUUGGGUUGCAAAUAGCAUAGCACUUUUUCUUAAGUAACAUCAAGUUACUGUCUUCAGUACUGAUUGGAAAUGUUUUUCUUUUCUAUCAGUCCACACUAUGGAUUCUUUCAUUUCUGUUGAGCGUUUGAACAAUUAACCCUUAUAGAACUCCUAAAGCCGUGCCAGCAUGAAGAAUCUGACGCUCUGGGGUCCUGGGGAACAAGACAGUGACCGGAGCAGAUGAGAUCAGGCGUGAAUGUAUCACAGAGUGCCUUGUUGGAGUGCAGGGUGGUCUUGGCAAGAGGAGUGGGGUUCUACAGAGGACAAGGUGGUGGAGAGCCCUCUAGAACAUGUACAGUAAUGUGCCAGGCAGAAACUAGGCACGAACAGCCAUGGAUGGGAAAGGCUGUUACAACCUGUGGAGCUGUAGUGUGGGAACUGAGUGGGGCCUUCAGCCUGAGGCUGCUAGCAUUGGAAGCCAGGAGUAUGACAAUGCCUUUGGGGAUGUGCCCUCAGAGGGCAAAAUGGGUGAAGGGCUAAAGGGACCCAGCACCCAUACUCCAUAAUUACCAAGGGGCCGGGAGUGAAAUACAUGAGGGUUUAGUAUCAGAUAGGCAGAGGCCAAGUCUGCUUCUAGACUCAAAGAGUAUGCUUGUGUGUGUAUAAAACUGUUAAGGUAAGAAGUCUGAACCUCCAGAAAUGCUAAGGACAUUUCUAGGAGUAUAACUACCUAUCAUUGUAUUUCAAAGUUUCUAGUAUUGGAAAAUUUCCAUGCACGAUCUUUGAGGCCUUCCAAGUAGCACAGCAUGAAAGGAUUGUACCCAUCUUCCUGAAUGUGAGUUGUAAACACUCUGGCACUGGGAAGUCACCUGACAUUUGAUUUGCCAGAAACCUGCAAUUUGCAUUUUCCCCUAGUUUUACUAGAAGUGAUCUGGGAAACACACAAGCUAGUCCUGGGAGCUAGGUGGAUUCAGGACCCUGCACUCAUGUGUCACAGAUGAUGGCAGCUAUGUAAACUGAGCACUCUUGGAGACGGGGCUCCCUGGCCUUGCUUCCCAUGCGUCUUGCCACAGAUGGCAUGGAAGCUCUGGUCCAGGCUUGUGUGCGAACAGGGUGGCUGCCCACAAAGCUGCUCUGCGAACACACCCAGGUGUGCAGGAGAGCCAGCUGUCCAUGCUUGCAGCAAGCAGCAUGCCACCAGAGGUGCUGCAGGAAGCCAGAAGAGCCAUGGUGCUAGAUUCUAGCCAGAAAUGAUACCAAAGAAAUAGGCCUUUCUGUCCCGAUGCUUCUUAAAUGGUGAGGCUAAGUGUGACUGACACCAGGGAGGGCAAUCCACGUACAUUCCAUAUCAGCUGUUCAGCUCGCAAAAGUCAGUCCAUCCUCAAAAAAGUUCCUAUUCCCUUUAAGAAGUCCAUUUUUUAGAGUAGAAGAGAAAAACAUGAUGAUGGUAUAAGCCUGGGGCAGAUAGUGAAGUCCCUGGUGUCUAAGGAGAAAGAACUCUUCCUCCUCAGCAUAGCAUGACUGUGGCCCAGACCUCAGCAUGGGAACAUCUGAAAAAACAUUUGUGUUUUUAAAGACAUAAGGUAGUUUCUAUAGAUUUGUUUAAAGAACUCUUGGGAAUUUUCUUACCACACUGUACUACUUUUAUAAACCUUCCUACAGAGGUGUUUACCAUUCAGCAUCCUUCCAUUUAGGAUUUAUAAGUGCCCAGACUGUACAAGGUGCUAUACAGCUGUUACACAGCUCCUCUCCACAGCUGUUGGAAAUUAG